AUGAGACUUAAUGUACCAUCUCUUUUACUACUUUGUUCUUUCAUUUGUUUAGUUAAAUGUCUUAAAGUGAAGCAAUAUAAUCCAUUGAAAAUGAGAGACUUUUUAAUUGAUUCAUAUAAAAAAAAUUAUAAAUAUUUUAACAAUCCAAUGGUAAUAGUUUCAGCUUUUUCAACUCAUAUAAAAGUAAAUAAUCCAUUACCAGAAAUUUUGAAUAUAGAAUAUUGUGAGGGAGAAAAAAUUUUAAUUCUUAUUAAAAAUCUUCAAAAAACCACUUUCAAAAAAAGAAUAAUUAUUAGAGAAAAAGAAUCACAAAAAGUGGUAGAUAAAAAAAAUUAUAAAGUUAUUGAUGCAAUAGAUGAAAUGUAUCUUUUUUUAAAUUUUACUAAUCUUAACGAAAAUAAUUUUAUCAUACAAAUGGCAUAUGACCCACGUCUUCAAUUGCAAUUUUUUGCAAAUAAAUUUAAAGAUAGAACCAACUAUGAGAAAUGUAAUAGUGUUAAUGAGAAUGUUUUUAUGAAUAAUGAAGUAUUUAUCUCAAAUCCAUUUAAUGUGAAGCAUGAUGAUACAACUUCUUUUAUCAUUUGUUCUCUUAAAAGACCAAAUAAAAUGUUUAAUUUGUAUUUCCAAUAUUUUAAUAACAAUACUGGUGAAUUUAUUAAAAUUAAAAACGAUAAUACAUUUUUUAACAAUUUAAAUAAUGAUUUUAUCACAAUGAUAAUUAUUAAUGAAGAACUAGUAACCAAAAGUACUUUAAAAGUUUUGUGUGUUGUUGAAUAUAGUAUUACAAAACAAAAGAUCGCUGAAGUGUCAACAUUAUUAAAACCAACAUUAAAAGAAGAUCAAUGGAUUUAUAUGGAAAAAGAUCAAAAUGUGAAAGAUAAUAACAUAAAAAAAAAUUCAAAUUUUAAAGACUUUUUUGCAAUUUUUAUAAUUUGUGUUAUAUCAGUAAACUUAUUUGGACGAAAAGUUGUAAAUCUAAUAAAAAAGAUCUUUAGUUUAAUAACUGUGACGUCCUAUUUUUAA